AUGGAGGGAGGAAUACCACAAGCUGAUGCGUCUGCUUUCAGAGCAUUAUUGUCUCUUUCAAGCAAAAAUCCUUAUGUUCUCAGACUUGCUUUUUCUGCUGGACUUGGUGGAUUCCUCUUUGGCUAUGACACUGGAGUAAUAUCUGGGGCUCUGUUAUACAUCAGGGAUAGUUUUCCAUCAGUGGCAAGUUCUGCGUGGUUGCAGGGAGCAGUGGUAAGUUUUGCUCUGAUUGGUGCGGUUAUUGGAUCAUUGGUGGGAGGAUGGUUUAAUGAUCGUUAUGGAAGGAAAAAAGCCACAAAAAUUGGAGCUUUUCUAUUCUUUGCUGGCUCAGUAAUUAUGGGUGCUGCCCCUAACCCAGCAGCCCUCUUAGCUGGUAGAUUGGUGGUUGGUCUUGGGGUUGGAACUGCUUCCAUGACUGCACCACUUUAUAUCUCUGAAGCUUCUCCAACUAAAGUUAGAGGAGCCCUUGUUAGUCUUAACAGUUUUCUUAUCACUGGCGCACAAUUCCUCUCUUAUGUAAUCAAUUUAGGCUUCGCUAAUGCACCUGGAACAUGGAGGUGGAUGCUAGGAGUGGCAGCAGUUCCUGGUUUGAUUCAGUUUGUUAUAAUGUUUUGGCUUCCUGAAUCACCUCGUUGGCUUUACAGAAAGGGGAGGGAUGAAGAAGCAAAAGAGAUUCUGAGGAAAAUUUAUGAUGCGAAUGAAGUUGAAGCUGAGAUUCAAGCUUUAGAGGAGUCAGUUAAGAAAGAAAUAAAGGAAUCGGAAUCUUCAAGUAAGGUUGGCAUAUGGAAAAUGCUUAAAAACACAGCAGUGAGAAGAGCUCUAUAUGCUGGAAUGGGACUUCAAAUAUUCCAACAAUUUGUAGGCAUUAACACAGUAAUGUACUACAGCCCCACCAUAAUUCAACUAGCGGGAAUUACAUCAAAUCAAACUGCACUCCUUCUAUCGCUGAUUACAUCCGGGCUCAAUGCUUUUGGUUCCAUUAUCAGCAUCUAUUUUAUUGAGAAAAUUGGGAGAAAAAAGCUUGCAUUAAUCAGUUUAGUUGGUUGUGCACUCUCUCUCUGUAUCAUUUUUGCCCCGUUCUAUGUUACAGAAACUCAUUCCCCUGAGAUUAGUCCAAUUGCAACCUCCCACUUCAAUGGAACAUGUCCCAGUUAUGACAUUGCAAUGAAAACUAGUACUCGAUUUGGUUGUAACAAGUGUCUCAAAUCUUCUCCGGCUUGUGGAUUUUGUGCUGACCCAUCUAAUAAGCUCGCACCUGGGGUGUGUUUGGUCUUAAAUGACAACUCAAAAAUGCAAUGCCAAACAGAGAAAAGUUCUUGGUAUACCGAAGGAUGUCCUUCCAAUUUUGGUUGGCUUGCCAUCUUAGGACUUUCGUUGUAUAUCAUCUCGUUUUCACCUGGAAUGGGUACUGUUCCUUGGGUUGUGAACUCUGAGAUAUAUCCGCUCAGAUAUAGAGGAGUUUGUGGAGGUAUGGGGGCCACCUCAGUUUGGGUUUCCAAUCUGAUAGUGUCACAAACUUUCUUAGUCAUGACAAAGAGUAUCGGAACUGCGUGGACUUUUAUGAUCUUUGGUUUUGUUUCUUUUAUUGGAAUUUUCUUCGUACUCAUCUUCGUACCAGAAACUAAAGGGCUUCCGAUAGAAGAGGUCGAGACAAUGCUAGAACAAAGGCCUGUGCAGUUCAGAUUUUGGAAGAAGAAUCCCUUGCCUUUGCCUCUUUAA